AUGGCGGACCAUGACGAGAAGUCUCUCACCUCAAAGAUGAUAUACCGGCAGCAUCACACUGCUGCUGAGGGCUCUUUAAUGUGCAGGGACAAAGGCACCGUGGUGUUUCUGGGACGAGAGGUGAAGAAAGUUCAGGCCAGUGGCCAUGAGCUUCAACUAAAUGAUCGUCACACUAACUAUGAACAUAACCUUUACAUUUCUCUCUUUUUCUUAACAGCAGCAGCUUGGAAGUAUUCCUCCUCCACUGUCAGAGUUGGAGAUGAAGUGACUUUGUCUUGUAGAAAUGUGAUAGAUGAUCAGGAUAAGUGUUACAGGACUACCUGGUUCUUCACUGGUUUAAAAAACGCAGUGUUGCUGUUUGAAGACGGGAAGAUUCACAAAGAAGCCAAAACUAAAUCAGACAGACUGAGUGUUAAUGAGAAAUGUUCUCUGGUUAUAAAGAAGGUCACAGAUGAGGAUGUUGGUAGUUACACCUGCAGACAGAUCAGAUCAGGAGAACAAUAUGAAGACACAGUGGUUUAUCUGUCUGUUGUUACCAUGGCUGAACAGAAGAACGAUGAUACGGUCACUGUGUUCUGCUCUGUGUCAGGAUAUUGUGACCACUCAGUGAAGUGGCUGUAUGAGGGUGAUAAGUCUGACGUGGAGACAACACAGCUUGACUGUUCUGCCAAUGUAACAUUUACAACAUCUCAUCUUCAUCAGAAGUCAAAGUAUUACGAGUUAUUGAAAUGUGAAGUGACCAACGUUGUGAUUGGAGAAGUGCAGCUGUUCACCUUCAUCCAUCCUCAGUCCUCCAGUGAAAAACCAGGUGAUGAUGCAACAACUACAAUAUCUCCGACUACAAAUAAAUCACCAAUGAUAACAGGAAAUAAAUGGACAUCAGAAGAGACAAACAACACGACAUCUGAAAACAACAAUCAAACUAAACCAGAAGGCUGGUGGAGGAUCAUCGUCGUGCCUCUGGGUUUAGCAUCACUCAUAACAAGUGUUGUGGUGGUCAACAUAUGGGCAAGAGCUAAAGGGAACAAAACACAGACAGAAGAAAGCAUUAAGUAUAAUGAUGAUGAUGAGGAUGAAGGUACAGUGACCUAUGAAAACGCUGCAGAGCCUUCUACCUCUGUCUGA